GUACCCUUAUUUCGGAUGUUUACUUUUUGUAUACAGUUUGCUGAUUUCAUUUUUGAAACUUCAUACAAUAACGAUUUGUUAGAGAUAUAAUUAUUAUUUUUGACGAAAAGAAACAUUACUUUGUUAGUUCAUUAAGAAAUAGUCAAUAAUUUAUAAGAUUUGAGCACAGAAUGUCGAUAAUAACGGAAUUUCAAAAAACAAGCUACACAUGGAAAAUAAAAGAUUUUAAUCAAACCAUAACAACAAAAAAUGAAUUAUCUUCACCAGAAUUCCCAUCUGAGGGCAACGUUUGCGAAGAUUGGAGUAUUUCAUUGAAUUGUUCGAGAAGAAUUUAUUGCGGUACUUGUUCGUCUUAUCACAAUUUAGUUUGCGAGGAAUGUCAACAGGAACAUUGUAAAGGCGAUGUCUCCAUUCGUCUCUCAUAUCUGAGAAUUAAUCAAAAUCUCCCACCGUUAAAGGUGAAGUACAUUUUAAAAAAUUCGACUACAAAUAAAUACUACAAGAAAAGUACAAUUUUCUGUGUACAAAGUGGUGAUUUUUCACAGUCAGGAUUUCGUGAUUUUAUCAGUUUAAAACGAAUCAAAGACUUUAUCGUAGACAAGGAUCUUACAAUUGUAUGUAACAUAAAGCAAGCCUUGAAGACAAUAUCAACUGGUUUUGAAAAUUUCAUGACUAAAACAUCACUGAGCGAUAUUGAAUUUCAUGUCGGCAAUCAGGUAUUUCCCGCUCAUAAAGUUGUUUUAUCAUCUAAAAGUCCCGUUUUUCGACAAAUGUUCUCUCAUCAGUUAAAGGAAAAUAUUUCCAAUGUUGUCAAUAUCGUUGAUAUAGAGUCAAAUAUUUUUUACGAAAUUUUAUGGUUCAUGUACAGUGGAAAAGUGAGAAAAUUAAAUGAAUACGCGUGUCCCCUUUUAGUCGCUGCCGAUAAAUACGAUAUCAAUUGUUUGAAAAUAAUUUGCGAGACACAUUUAUAUAAAAAUUUAACCAGCGAGAAUGUGGUGAGAAUAUUAAAACUCGCCGAUGAUCUUAAUGCAUUUGGACUAAAGGACAAUUGUUUUUUAUUCAUUAAAUCCAAUUUAAAAGAGGUUGUUGCGUCCGAAGAAUUUAAAACACUCACUGAUCGUUAUAUGCAUUUAUUAUUGCAAGUUGCUGAAGAUUUCUUCGUUAAUUCAUGGACAACAAAUAAAAUAGAUACAUCUGAAAACAUGAAUGAGACAAUCCAAGAAAAAAACGAUGGUUUCGAGACAUUUCUCAAUCAAGAAAUUUGGAGCGAUGUUGAAAUUCAUAAUGGAGGGAAAAUUUAUCGUGCACAUAAAUUAAUUUUAAGUGCAAAAAGUUUGUUUUUUAAAAAUAUUCUCAUUGAACUCGAGGGAAAUGCAAAGAUUGAAAUUAAUGACGUCGAUCCACUUGUUUUUUAUGAAUUAUUACGUUUCAUUUACAGUGGAUCUGUUGAAAAUCUCGACGAUAUGGCGUAUGAAUUACUGUUAGCCGCUGAUAAAUACCAAAUUCCAACGUUGAAAAUUGUUUGCGAACGGGCAUUGAUGUUAAAAGUGAAUGUGGAAAAUGUUGUUUCAAUGCUGAAAAUUGCGGAAAAUCGAAAUGCCACUGUACUCAAAGAACGAUGUAUUGUGUUCUUGAUAAAUAAACUAAUAUCUGGCUCUCUAGGAAUGGAUGCUUUCAAACAAUUAUCAAAAUCACAUCCGCAGCUUGUUUUAGAGGUACUAAUAACUGCGGGAUUAAAAUGCGAGGAAGAAGAUUAAAAUCAGUAUUAUUAUUGAUAUAUAUAUAUUUAUUUACUUUAUAUAGAUUCCUUAUAUUCAGUUGUAAAUUAAGUUAAUUUGUUUACUUUUGUAUUGCUGUAUUUCUUUGCUAGAAAAAAUACAAUCAUUUAUUUUUUUACAGUA